UUGUUUUAAAAUGUUUUGAGUAUGGAUGGCCAAAAUUGUGGUUCAGGAGCUAUUGCAGGUGUAUCGCCGAUUAAAAAAAAAAACCAAAAAGGAAAGACUGGCUAUUUACAAUAUGUGAAAAUGGAAGAAGUGAUUUCGAAUAAUGACGAUUUAAUUGAAUCGAGCAUUAUAAAUUCCAAAUCUAAAACGGGUUAUAAAUCAGACCAAGAAAAUACCAUCUACAAAGAAGAUAUGUGUGAAGAUGACUCUCUCGAAAUAUUCAACUUGGAGACAGCUUUAAAAUAUUUUAAAACAGCGAGAGAAUACAAAUUUAUUUAUUUAGUUUACUCUGUCAGCAAAGAAUCUAAAUAUUUUUCACCAUAUAGCUUCAAAACUGUGAAUUUCAAGAAUAUCGAUAAAAAUUGUUUUUUUACUUUAAGUAACAAAGGUAUGAUGUCAAAUAUUCAAAAUGAAGUAACAUUCACACCUUUGGAAAAAUUCGAAGAAGAUUACAGUAACUAUCAAAAACUUGUAAAAUUGCGUCUAUUUAAAAAUUAUUUACUUUGGAAAUGCUUUUACUUUUGGUACAAGCACAUUUCAAGGAACAAGUUUUAUUGGGCUCGAGAAGAACUACUAAUAGAUUAUGAUUGUAUGCAUCAUGCUACAGUAGAUAUUUAUAAUGUCAUACUCGAAACUACAGAAAUUAUUAUAAUAUAUGAUGGUUCGAUUACUGAAGAAAACACUCUGCAAAGUUUUAAAGAACAACAGGAAAAGAGCACUGAACUAGCUAUUCAAAAGUUAAAAGACUUGAGGCAAACAAUAAAAGGUCUAGUAUUAAAUGCAUGUUUGAAAGCACUCAAAGAGUCUGGCUUUACUGUAGACGACUCCAAUUUGUAUAUUUCUAAAAUGACUGAGGAAGCGAAAAUAGAACGUUAUAGGGAUACUAUGUAUGCAAUGCCGUUUGCAAAACAAAGGGCCAAACUCAAAUGUUGCCAAAGAAUCUGUCGGUUUAUCAUGUCAAUUGACUUAAUUUUACAAUCUAAUUUACAUAAGAUCCUACGAAAUCAGAUUACACGUUUUGAGACCGACGUUCGGAAUCAUUUCAAGUAUAUUCCUAGCAACGAUUUACUAAACGAUACUAACGUGAAAACCAUACUAGAAAACGAGAGAUUUUCGGAAGAUCCUAGGUUACCAUUAUUUAUACUAGAGGUUUCAUUAACAAAAACUGGUAUUGAGUUCAGUAGUACACAACAUGAUUUUAACACUUACAUAUCGUUUUUAUUGGAAAGUUGGAAAUGGAAUAUGGUUACACACUUUCCUCCACUUUUGAGCGACGACGAGUUUAAAAGUUUUACUCAACCAACAAUUUGUGGUAAACAAAAAAAUCGUAUAUGCGGCAACGGUACAUUAUUACAGUUCAUGUUUGAUAUUGACGAUAUAUAUCAGAGUUCUACCGAGAAAAUAUUAAACUACUUUAAUGCGAACUAUGAUGCGAUUUAUAAAUAUUUAAAACGUCUAGAAUAUGUCCACAUUAUGUACAGAGAAAACGAACACUUGAACCCAGGAACCAUUGAGAAAGAAACAAAUAUAAUUAAUUUCCGAAAAAUGUUGGAAAAAUAUAGAUGUCAAAGAAAUGAUGUGGAUAAAAUUACACCUGCUCAAAUGAUAGCUAUAUUCUAUUUAAAACUACAUUCAUUUAAAAGUGUUGCUAAAUCGACAUGUGAAAAAUUAUUGGAAUUGGUAGAAAAAACAAUGGUUAAAGUUGGGAAAAAUUUGGUUAAUGAGCUGUUAAAUGAAAUAAACAACUCUCUUAAAUAUCUUUACAAUUCCCCAUCAACUGCCGCACAAUGUGUUGCCUAUAAAAAGUUUCUAGAAAAAUGUUCUGAAAGGCUAGAAGAAAUAGAUAAUAUUUUGAAUUACAUUAGAGACCUUUAUGAUCUGGCUGAUGAAUUUGAAGUACACGUUUCUGAAGAUGAUAUUGAAAAUUAUAAUAAAUGUUCGAUUGUGUUGACUAAUUUACAUACAACAUUUGAUGAAAUUAACAAUGAACAAGAUAAACUAAUUAGCGAAUUUGUGAAAAAAAUUGAUAUUCAUAUAACAGACAUACUUCGAGAUGUUAAUCAGAUAAAUAUUGAAGCAAAUGAUUCAUGGUUAACUGAUAUUAAUUCAAAUAAAGAAGAAGUAAAAUUGUUCUUAUUUAAGCUUAAUAACCGAUUAAUGGAACACCAGGAAGAAGCAAAUUUAUAUACAUCUUACCAAAAUUUUUUUGGCGUAGAGGUAGCAAAAUUUGAUGUGUUGAAAAAUGCGAGUGAAUCGGUUCGACUUAGAAUAUUACUUUGGGAUUGCUUAGAUGAAUGGGAAAAGAAAAUGUCUGUUUGGGAAGAAGAUAAUUUUCAUAAUUUGGAUGUGGAACAAAUGAAUACAUUUCUAACACUUAAUUUAAGAUAUGUAAUGGAGUUUAAAAAAAGCCUCCCAGAUUGUGAGCACAUUAGUUUUAUAAAUAACAAAGUAGAAUCAUUUAAAAAAAAAAUGUCAAUAAUUACAAUACUAAGGAAUCCGGAUCUUAAAUCUUAUCACUGGAUUAAAAUAGAACAAAAGCUUGGGAUAAAAUUUCCAACUAAUAAGUCUCUUACUUUAAUUAUGCUCGAAGAAUUAGGUGCGUUUAAUCAUGGUCUCGAAUUGAUGGAAAUUUCUGAACAUGCAAGUUCCGAAGCAACAUUAUUGAAGAUGUUGAACAAAGUUGAAGAUUCGUGGAAAAAAAUUAAUUUAAUUGUACUUCCUUACAAAAAUUCUGAUGAUGUUUAUAUUCUUGGUUCAUUGGAAGAAGUACAAUUAACAUUAGAAGAAGCAAAUAUAAAUUUAAAUACUUUAAUUGCAUCAAAAUUUGUAGUAACGAUCAAAACAAGAGUUGAAGAUUGGAUAAAUUCAAUGAAUAUUAUGAAUGAUAUCCUUACAGAGUGGAUAUUGUGUCAGAAUAAUUGGAUAUAUUUAGAGUCAAUAUUCGCAGCUUCAGACAUUCAAAGGCAAUUACCAAGUGAAGCUAAAUUGUUUAAUCAAGUAAAUAGCUCUUGGAAAAACAUAAUGCAAAAUGUCAAAAAAUAUCCUUUAGCUAUAAGCACAUGUACUGAACCUGAUUUACUAAAAGUUCUUAUAAAAAAUAAUCAAGAAAUAGAACAGAUCUUAUUAUAUUUAGAAGCAUAUUUAGAAUCCAAACGAGUUGUUUUUCCGCGGUUUUAUUUCUUGUCUAAUGAUGAGCUUAUUAAGAUAAUUACUCAAGCUAAGUAUGUUAGAACUGUACAACCAUAUAUAAGUAAAAUUUUUGAUGCUAUUUGGAGAAUACAAUUUGAAAAAGAUGACGAUGAAGGAAAUCCAUUACAGUCAGAAAAUGAAGAAGAUAGUUCACCUAAAAACAUCAUUGCUAUGAUAUCUCACGAAAGAGAAAUCGUUAAAUUAUUGUCACCUGUUAAAGCUCAAGGAAAUGUUGAAUUUUGGCUAUCUAAAGUAGAAAAUGAAAUGAUGAAUACACUAAAAUCACUUAUGAUUAUAGCUAUUGAAGAUUAUGAAAAAAUUCUAAGAAAAAAAUGGGUGUUAUUACAUGCUGCUCAGUUAGUACUCACAGUUUCCCAGUUAAUGUGGUGUCGUGAUGUACACCGUAUUAUUAAACUUGAUACUAACGUACAAAAAGCUUUAGUGGAAUUUGAACAAAAAUGUUUUAAAGAUUUGAAUGAUUUAGUGGUUAUGGUCCGAGGAGAGUUAACUAAACUUCAACGUUCGGCAAUAUGUGCAUUGAUUACAGUCGAUGUUCACGCUAGAGACAUAAUAUCUGUAAUGGUUGAACGUCAAGUCAAUAGCGAUACAAAUUUCGAAUGGCUAAAACAGUUGCGCUAUUAUUGGAAUACUUCAAUGGACAGUUGCAUUGCAUACAUGACAAAUUUUCGCUGGUUAUAUGCAUUUGAAUACCUCGGGUCUUCUCCUCGACUAGUAAUCACACCAUUAACUGACAAAUGUUACUUGUGCUUACUAGGUGCACUUCGACUGAAUCUAGGUGGUGCACUGGUUGGGCCAACUAGUAUUGGUAAAACCGAAACAAUUAAGGACUUUGCAAAAGCAUUAGCGACACAAUGCGUUGUAUUUAACUGUUCUAAAGAUUUAGAUUGCAAGACGAUGGGUAAAUUAUUUUCCGGUAUGGCUCAGUCUGGAGCAUGGUGUUGUUUUGACGAAUUCAACCACAUAGAGAUCGAAGUAUUGUCGGUCAUUGCACAACAGUUAAUUACUAUUAUGAACGCAAAGAUGAAUAAUGCUAACAAAUUCAUACUUGAAGGUCGAGAGAUAAGACUUAUUAAGACAUGUACAGUAUUUAUAACAAUGAAUCCAGGCAAUGCAGGAAAGAGUGAAUUACCAGAUAAUUUACAAGCACUGUUUAGACCCAUGGCAUUAAUAGUACCUGACUAUAGAUUAAUUGCUGAAAUCGUAUUGUAUUCCGAAGGGUUUGAAUCAUCAAAAAUAUUGGCUCAUAAGUUGGUAAAAAUGUAUAAAUUGUGUAGCGAUCAAUUUUCUAUUCAGUAUCACUACGAUUUUAAGAUGAGAGCCCUUAAAAGUGUUUUGGCAACGGCAAUUUCUUUAAAACGUGAAAAUCCUUUCUUAAAUGAAAAUAUCGUUUUAAUUAAAGCAUUAAAUGAUUGUAAUUUGCCUAAAUUAUUAAAUGAUGAUGUUCUAUUAUUUCAGGGCAUAUUAAAUGAUCUUUUUCCUGGUGUUGUCUCACCUGAUCAAGAUUAUGGAAUAUUUCUUUCGACUGCUAAAAAUGUAAUGACAAAUGAAGGAUAUACGAUCGAAGAGUGUAUUUAUAUUAAAGUUUUGCAGUUAUUUAAGACAAUAAUUGUUAGGCAUGGUGUAAUGACUGUUGGUCAAACAGGUGGCGGGAAAACUACCGUUUUAAAAAUACUUAGCAAAACAUUAAAAGAGCUUUACAACAAUAAAAUAGAAGGACAAUACUAUAGACCAGUAAAAAUAUAUCAGAUAAAUCCAAAAGCUGUUUCAAUGAGUGAACUUUACGGUGAAGUAAACCCCCUCACAAUGGAAUGGAGGGAUGGGUUACUUGGAAAAUGUAUUAGAGAAACCGGUAGAACAACAAAAGAAGAGUUUCAAUGGGUGGUGUUUGAUGGCCCUGUAGAUGCAAUAUGGAUAGAAAAUCUUAAUACUGUGCUUGACGAUAACAAGAUGUUGUGUCUAGCAAAUUCAGAGCGCAUCAAAUUAAGUUCAUGGGUUAGACUGAUUUUUGAAGUUGAUGACUUAUCAUAUGCUUCGCCUGCUACUGUUAGUAGAUGUGGAAUGGUAUAUAUUGAUGCUGAUGAAUUAAGGUGGUUACCAUACGUACAAUCGUGGGUAAAUAAAUUUAAAAAUGAAGUAAUUAGAAAUAGUAUUGAACUGGAAAACUAUUUAUUGAAAUUAUUCGAGACUUAUGUUGACGAAGGUUUUUCAUUUAUUGCCAGACAUUGUAUAGAGUCUAUUAAACAGACUAAAAUUAGUAAAGCAACUAUGAUGUGUGCCAUCUUUAAAUCUCUUUUAUGUGAUUCUAAUAGUUUUGAUGCAGAAACAGAAUAUACAGAAAUUAAAAAAUACAUUUGCCGGUCCUUUAUAUUUUCAUAUCUAUGGGCUUUGGGUUCGAAUUUAAUCGAAUCUUCUCAAACUAAAUUCGAGGAGUUUGUUUUUAAUCAAUUUAAAGUCAAUUCUGAAGCUAAAAUAUUACCAGAAAUAAAAUUAUUUGACGUAUAUCUUAAUACAGUCAAUAAAACAUUUGAAAAUUGGAAUUCCAUUGUUCCCGAUUUCGAAUAUAAAACAGAGACGUCUUAUUUUAAGUUAUUAGUACCUACAGUAAAUAGCAUACGAUACACCUAUAUAAUACAAAAAUUAAUUAAAAUGAACCAACCAGUAAUGUUAGCAGGCGUAUCGGGGGUAGGUAAAACAUCGGUGGCUAAUUUUGUAAUGCAAAAUCUGACGAUAACAAAUGAUUGGAUCACUAAGAUGAUAAUUUUUUCCGCACGAACCAGUAGUAAUAGAAUCCAAGAAAUAUUGGAAACGACAUUGGAAAAGAAAAAGCGAAAUAGUUUUGGUGCACCAGGAAAUAAACAAUUAGCAAUUUUUAUUGAUGACGUUAACAUGCCUAAACCUGAAGAAUAUGGAGCUCAACCUCCUAUUGAACUGCUAAGACAGUUUUUAGAUACUGGUGGCUUAUACGAUCGUAAACAAUUCUUUUGGAAAUACGUAAAUAAUGUAAUUCUAUGUACAGUAUGUACACCUCCCAGAGGAGGUAGAAACGUAUUGACUUCAAGAUUCACUAGACACUUUUCUAUAGUAUUUAUUCCUACUACGACAGAGAAUGCCAUGCGUGCUAUAUUUACAUCAAUUUUGGAUGGAUUUUUUGCAGAAUUUCCAUCAACUAUAGCUAAUUUAAGUAAAAAUAUAGUAAAGGCAAGCAUUGCAAUUUAUUCACAUAUUUCAGAAGAUCUAUUACCAACGCCAGAAAAGCCACAUUAUGUAUUUAACCUUAGAGACUUGUCAAAUAUUAUUCGAGGUAUUUUGCAAGCAGAUAUUGUCACAAUAUCAAAGCCAACGCAUUUAUAUAGGCUUUGGUAUCAUGAAUCAUUACGAGUGUAUCAUGAUCGUUUAGUUUGCCAUGAAGACAAAUUAUAUUUUCACAAGCUUCUUAAAUCCGUGUGUGCUCAGUUUUUUGAAAACACUGAAUUAGAAUUUUCUGAAUAUGAUGAAACAGGUGCUCCAAUUCUGCUGUUUGGUGAUUUUAUGAAUCCGAUUUCCAACGAGAAUAGAAUUUACAAUGAAAUAACAAAUAUUGAAAAAUUAAAAAUCGUGUUGGCUGAAAAUUUAAUGGAUUUUAAUACGGUUUAUAAAAAAGAUUUGCAAAUAAUAUUUUUUAUGUAUGCAAUUGAGCAUAUAACACGUAUAGCAAGGAUAUUGAGAUUAGAAAGAGGAAAUGCUUUACUCAUAGGAGUUAGUGGAAUGGGCAAGCAAUCUUUAACUAAAUUAGCUUCACAUCUUAACACUUACAAAUUUUUUCAAAUUGAAUUUGCAACAUCUUAUGACUAUUCUUCUUUCCGCGAUAAUUUAGUGACUCUAUAUUAUAAAACUGGAGUUGAAUUUGAAGACACAACAUUUUUAUUCACUGAUAAUCAAAUUAUAAAAGAAGAAUUUUUAGAGGAUUUAAGUAAUAUUUUAAGUUCAGGGGAAGUACCAAAUUUAUUUAAGCUUGCUGACUUAGAAAAAGUUAUAACUGCAUGCCGGCAAGCAGCUAUCAAUUCAGGAAUCAAUAGUGACCAUCGAGACGAUAUCUUUAAAUUUUUUAUACAGCGGGUACAGUCGAAACUUCAUCUAGUCGUAUGUAUGAGCCCAAUCGGUGAUUCAUUUAGACGAAGAUGUCGUUUAUUUCCUUCGUUGGUAAAUAAUUUGACAAUUGAUUGGUUUGAUAAUUGGCCAACAGAAGCGCUUUUAUCAUUUGCAAAUAAAAGCAUAGAUAUACUUGAACAAUCGGAAAAUUCGGAUAUAGUUAAAAGUCUACCAAAUGUAUGUAAUAAAAUGCAUGAAAUAGUUAUGCAUUAUACACACAGGUUUUAUGAGCAAAUAAAAAGGUAUAACUAUGUUACACCGAAAAGUUUUUUGGAAUUUUUAAAAUUUUAUGUGAAAACACACGAAAUUCAAAUCAAUAAGAUUAAAAAUAAAUCGAACAGAAUUUCAAAUGGUCUACAAAAAUUGUAUGAAACUUUUGAUAUGGUUGGUGAAAUGAAAACAAAAUUAAAACAAAUGGCACCAGCGUUGUUAGAAAAAAAUGAAGUUACAUCAAAAUUAACCGUAACCUUAACAAAAGAAAAAGCAAGCGUGGAUAAAGUACGAGAAAUUGUAAUGACGGAAGAAGCCGCGGCAAAACUAAAAGCCUCUGCUGCUCAAGAAAUAGCUGAAGAUGCGCAAAGAGAUUUGACCUUAGCAAUGCCAGCAAUGGAAGCUGCCAUAAAAGCAUUAGAAUCUCUAAACAAAAAUGAUAUUAACGAGCUAAGAGUAUUUAAUAAGCCUCCCAAACUUGUCCAAAUUGUUAUGGAAGCUGUAUGUUUAUUAUUAGCAAAAAAAACGGAUUGGACUUCCGCUAAAGCCGUACUUGGUGAUGUUAAUUUUCUAAAAUCUCUACAAGAUUAUGAUAUAAAUAAUAUAUCUGAUAAAAUGAUAAACCAACUAAAACCUUAUAUAGAAAAUCCCGAUUUUAAUCCACAGAAAGUAGCUACUCAAUCUAAAGUUGCUAAAUCAAUGUGUAUGUGGGUCCGAGCUGUUCACAGUUAUUCUUUAGUAUAUCGAAUUGUAGAGCCAAAAAGAAAAAAACAACAAGAAGCCGAAGAUGAACUAAAUGUAGUAUUAAAAGAACUAAGAGCAAAGCAAAAAUUGUUAGCUGACGCCGAAGAACGUUUACAAAAACUUGAAGAUAUUUAUGAUCAAAGUGUUGCGGAAAAAAACAAACUUGAGUUAAACAUUGAUAGAACGCAAGCGCGAUUAAAACGAUCCGAUUUACUGGUUGUUGCAUUGAGUGAUGAACAACACAGAUGGGAAAAAAAUAUUAAAAUGUUUUCUCAAUGUUUAUCAACUGUUGCCGGUGACACUUUAAUAGCCGCAGCAAGUGUUAACUAUCUAGGACCUUUUACGGAUAAUUAUCGUAAAAAAAUAACUCAAUUAUGGUUUGCACAAUUGACCGAGCAUGGAAUAAAAUAUUCCCCUAAUUAUUCACUGAGCUCUAUAUUAAUCGAUUCGUUUGAAUUACGGUCGUGGAAUAUCUGUGGCCUUCCUGUAGAUUCUGUGUCAACGGACAGUGCCAUAAUUGUGACGAGAACAAGUCGAAGGCCUCUUAUGAUAGAUCCUCAAGAACAAGGGAGUAGCUGGAUUAAAUCAUUAGAAGCUGACAAUUCGCUAAGAAUAUGCAAAAGUACGGAUUCGGACUUGAUGAACGUAAUUGUUAAUGCAAUUAGACUAGGAUGUCCAAUUUUGAUGGAAGGUCUAGGAGAACACAUUGAUCCUACACUGAGACUAAUAUUGGAAAAUAAUAUAAGAAUACAAGACGAACGAACUUUAAUGCGUAUUGGUAUCAUAGAUAUAGAAUAUGAUAGUCGAUUUAGAUUAUAUAUGACAACCAAAUUAGCAAAUCCAUAUUACCUACCAGAUAUAUGUAUAAUUGUUACGUUAGUAAAUUUUACAGUGACACCCUCAGGUUUAGAAGAUCAAUUAUUGGCUGAUAUUGUACGAUUAGAAAAGCCUGACUUAGAAGAUCAACGAACUCAGACAAUUGUUAAUAUGAAUUAUGAUAGUAAUUUAUUAAAUGAAAUGGAAGAUAAAACGUUGAGAAUGUUGUACAUGUCAGAAGGAAAUAUCUUAGAUGACGAAGAACUCAUUGAGACGUUAAACAAUAGCAAGGAGACGUCUAUGAUCAUUUCUGGACGUUUAACAGACGUAGAAGAAACGGAACGAAGAACGCAUAACGAACGAGAGCGUUAUCGCGCGGUAGCAAAACGAGGUUCAUGUCUUUAUUUCGUUGUUGCUCAACUGUCUGAGAUUGAGAAUAUGUACCAAUUUUCUUUGAAAUAUUUUAAAUCCAUAUUUUGUAACGCGAUCAAACAUAGUAGUAAUAAAAAUACAUUUGAUGAGAAAAUAAUGACCAUGGUUAAAAAUAUAACUGUGGAUGUGUAUACGAAUGUUUCUAGAGGCUUGUUUGAACGUCAUAAAUUGAUAUUUAGUUUUCUAAUCAGUGUAAAUAUUAAUUUACAAGAAGGUAAAAUUACGAAUGCUCAGUGGAAUUUUUUGCUACAUGGACCAGUAGGGACUACAAAACGAGAUAAUAAGAAGGGGCCGGUCGCAUUGUCAGAAGAAAAGUGGAAAACCGUAAACUAUAUGGCAGACAUUUUUCCAAAAUUUAAGGAUCUUCCCGAUCAUUGCACUAAUUAUAUAGAAAUCAAAUUAGGCGAUUUUAUUUAUAGCAUUCAAUUAGACCGUGAAAACAGUGACACUACAGUGAAUUGGAACUCAUUGUUAAAUUCAUUUGAAAAACUUAUGCUCAUUAAAAGUCUCUCAGAUGAAAAAUUAAUGAUCGCAAUCGUUAAUUACGUGAGCAUAGAACUUGGAAAAUCGUUUAUCGAAAGCUCAGACGUUUCGAUUAAUUCGUUGUACAAAUACACAACAUCGACGAUGCCACUAAUAUUCAUUCUAAGUCCAGGCUCGGAUCCAUUUGGAGCAUUCCAAAAGUUUGCUGUAGAAUUCGGAAUGAUAGAUAAGCUACAUGUAAUAUCAAUGGGUCAAGACCAGGGACCUAAGGCAGAGAAACUAAUAAAAAAUGCUAAAAAAAAAGGAGACUGGAUAUUCUUGCAGAAUUGUCAUUUAGAAUCAUCGUGGAUGCUUCAAAUGGAAAAUUUAGUCCAAGAAUUGAUCGGGAAUCCAUCAUGUGUCAGAGAAGAUUUUAGACUAUUUUUUAGUUCAAUGCCAUCAAAAAAAUUUCCCAUUUUUGUACUUCAAAAUUCAUUAAAAAUUGCUUAUGAACCACCAAAAGGUUUAAGAGCAAACCUGAAAAGAUUAUUUGUAGACAUGAAUGUUGACUUUUUUGAAGAUAACGCUUUUAAAUCCGAUUGGAGAAAAAUGAUAUUCGGGUUGUGUUUUUUCCACGCCAUCGUGAUAGAGAGAAAGAAAUUCGGAUCGUUCGGUUGGAACAUAUCACAUGCAUUUACCGACAUCGAUCACGAAUGUACUAUGCUCUUGUCACACAUGUAUUGUUUGACCGCGAAAGAAAUACCUUGGGAUGUCUUGCAAUAUAUCAUUGGAGAGGUCGUUUAUGGUGGUAGAGUCAUCGAUUCUUGGGAUCGAAACAUUAUGAAAGCGAUACUUAAAAAUUUCUUAGGUCCACAUACUCUCGAGACAAAUUAUAAAUACUCGAAUUCAGGUAUUUACUUUUGCCCGGAAUCGAUAAACUGUACCACUAUCGACAAUUAUCUGAUAUUUAUUGAUCAAUUACCAGUAAUGGAAGAUUCAGAAGUAUUUGGAAUGCACGAAAAUGCCAAUAUGGCUUAUCAAGCUAAAGAGACCAAAGAUAUGCUGAAGACAAUCAUUGAGAUUUAUCCAAAAUCACAAAUCAUACAUGCUACUAAGAAAUCUGAUGACGAAAUUGUUUUAGAAAUUAUCAUUGAUAUUUCUGAAAGACUCGUAAAAACUAUAAUGAUCGAACAGGUACAUUUCACAAUAAUGAAAACUGACGAAAAAGGACGAUUAUUCCCGUUAUCUACAGUGUUAUUACAAGAGAUCAGUCGUUAUAUAGAAUUACUUGACGUCAUACACAGUUCAUUGCACGACUUACGUAAGGCAAUCAAAGGGUCCGUGGUAAUGUCUACAGAAUUGGAAGAAGUUUACUCAUCGUUAAUGAAAAAUAGUGUGCCAAAAACAUGGCUCAACAAAGGAUAUCCUUCAUUGAAAACUUUGGGUAGUUGGAUUAAAGACUUAGUAUUAAGAUUAGAUUUCAUCGACAUCUGGAUGAAGUUUGGAAAUCCUCCUUCUUACUGGAUAUCUGGGUUAUAUUUUCCACGAGGUUUUAUGACUGGUUGCCUACAGAGAUAUGCCAGAAAACAUAGUAUACCCAUCGACAGGGUACAAAUGGAUUUCAAGCUUACCACUAUCGUGUUGGUUCAAGAAGAAAUUGCCGCUAUACGUGCGGCUAGCUUGAAAGAGGAACACAAUGAUUACAAAGGCCUAACAACACAAGAUGAUGGAGUUUACAUACAUGGUCUGUUCUUGGAGGGUGGACGCAUUGAUUUAAAUACUAAACGUCUCGUGGAUCCUAUUCAUGGAGAUAUGAAUCCUCUGUUGCCCGUCAUUCAACUUGUGCCUGCUGUUGAUUUGGAUGACAAUGGUUCGCGAUAUAACUGUCCCAUGUAUAUAACCGGUAGCAGAGCUGAAUUUAUUUCAAUGACAAGACAUAGAAAUAAUUAUGUUAUUUCCGUUUUACUACCAACAGAUUUCCCAGAUAAUUAUUGGAUCCUUAAAGGAACUGCUCUUAUCACUCAAAUAACAAAUUAAUAUAAAUACUAAUAGUUGAA